AUGAUGGAAUUUGAUGAGUACGAAUAUUUAGAGAAAACAGUUGAUAAUUCUGAGCUUAAGAACAAGAACCUAAUUUCUAAUGGUGGGGAAAAGAAUUUGAAAUCUGAUGAUAGAGUUCGUAGUAGAAGCUCCAAGCAUAAGGAUAGUGAGAAGGAUAAUGAUGAUGAUGAUGUUGAUAAUCGUUUCAAGCAUUUAAAAUCGGGAGAUGGUUCUCGUGGUUAUGAUAGGCAGAAAGAGAGAGGCUCGUCUCGGCGUCGUUCAGGGUCUAGAGAUGGAGACAAGGAGAACGAUCAGCGGAGAAGCUCUCAGGGUAAUGGGGAUAGGAAGAGAGAUAGGGAGAGAGAGAGUGAGAGCAAGUAUAGAAGGGAGAGAGACAGAGACCAGGAGGUUGAAAGAGAGAGAAGGAGUCGAGGGAGUGAGGGUGAAAGAGAGAGAGAACACUCUCGGAGAAGCAAAAGUAUAUCGGAAAGGAAUCGAGGUGAUGUGGAUAAGAGAACCCGAGAAACAAGUCGUGAUAGAGGAAUGAAAAGGGACACAAAGGAUUACAGAGACAGAGGAAUGGGAAGGGUCUCGAAGGAACCAGAUAGAGAAAAGUUAGAAAACAGACGGCAUAAAGAGAAAAAGGAAGAUGCAGCUGAACCUGAGACUGACCCUGAAAGAGAUCAAAGAACUGUGUUUGCUUAUCAGAUAUCUCUUAAAGCGGAUGAAAGAGAUGUUUAUGAGUUCUUCUCAAGGGCUGGGAAGGUGCGAGAUGUUCGUUUGAUUAUGGACCGCAAUUCAAGACGUUCUAAAGGUGUUGGGUAUAUUGAGUUUUACGAUUCUAUGUCUGUUCCCAUGGCAAUAGCACUCUCAGGUCAACCAAUUCUUCGUCAACCAGUGAUGGUGAAGCCAUCAGAAGCAGAAAAGAAUUUGGUUCAAUCUACAGCAUCUGUUGCCAAUGGACCUUCUGGAAAUUUGGGUCCUUAUUCUGGGGGUGCAAGAAGGCUAUAUGUUGGCAAUCUGCAUUCCAGUAUUACUGAAGCUGAUCUUCAUAGGGUCUUUGAAGCAUUUGGUCAAGUUGAGCUAGUUCAGCUGCCUCUUGAUGAAAUUGGGCAUUGCAAAGGUUUUGGCUUUGUGCAGUUUGCCCGCCUAGAAGAUGCAAAAAAUGCUCAGAGCUUGAAUAGCCAAUUGGAGAUUGGUGGCAGGACAAUCAAGGUAUCAGCUGUUACAGAUCAGUCUGGAAUGCAAGAAUUCGGUGGAAAUACUGGUGAUAUUGAUGAUGAUGAAGGUGGUGGCUUGUCCUUGAAUGCCUCGUCCCGAGCAUUACUCAUGCAGAGGUUGGAUCACAGUGGCACUGCAUCAAGUAUGGUUGGUUUUCUGGGCAGUUCCGUUGUCAACAAUACAGGCCUUAAUUUACACGCAACGGGAAACAUACCGCCAGUAGCUGGACUACCAGGUGGAGGUCUUCAAAUUCCAAUGCUCACAAGUCCUUCUAUUGAUACAAUUGGAGUUCCAAGUGAAUGCUUAUUGCUAAAGAAUAUGUUUGAUCCAGAAAAUGAGAAGGAACCAGACUUUGAUUUGGAUGUUAAAGAAGAUGUAGAAGCAGAAUGCUCUAAGUUUGGAAACUUAAAACAUAUAUACGUUGAUAAGAAGAGUGCUGGGUAUGUCUACUUACGAUUUGAAGAUACCCAAUCUUCUACAGGUGCACAGCGGGCCUUACAUGGAAGAUGGUUUGCUGGAAAGAUGAUCACUGCAAGCUUUAUGGUGCCCCAGUCAUAUGAGGAUAGAUUCCCGGACAGCAAGUAA